AUGCUCCAGGCAAACAAGGGCAACGUGAUCUCCAAGUUUCACAAGACAUCCCUGGAGAUCCGAAACCAUGAGUUGAGAUAUUACCUCGGCGUCUUCAACCGACUGUCCGCGAUUUCAUCAAUCCUAGCUGGAUUCGCGUCGUCGGCGCUGACGAUGAGCGUACCCGACUGGGAGGACUCCCUCCUUGUGGUGGCCUUCCUAAUCUUCACUGGUAGCGCCUUUGGGAUGAACCUGAUGGUCAUCCUGAUUGCGACCUUGUGCAAUCUUUGGGGUCCGGGGAAGGCCCUGCAGGGCGCGGACCAAGCUCAUCUGCAUCAGGCGAUCGAAGUCCUGGAGCAAGCUCAGAAGGAAGCGAUGCGUUUCUUCAUCAUGGGGCUGUUCUGCUACUUUAUGUCCACGAUCCUGGUGGUUUGGCUGCUCUUCGACAAGACUGGAGCCUUCAUCACCACGGUGAUUCUGGUCCUUUUCUGCCUGAUGCUGGUGCGGCAGAGCCUGGUCAUACGUCGGGCCUUUGUGCCGGCUCAGGGUUUCACCACUGGCCUAAUAAGGGGCAACCCGGUGCGAAGUGAUAUCUCUCGGGAUUACGAGUGA